UAGUCGAUAGAAAAUCCGGAUCGACUGUUCCCGCAGUUUAACGCUUUUAAUCAUUUCAUCAUGAUUUAUAGAUCAUAAGAAAUCUCCGGCGCAUUCUGAAGAUCUCCACCUUUGUGGGUCACGUAAACAAAAAGAAUUGAGUCUGCUUUGUCGUUAUUUGGGAGGACUGUAGCGAUUUAUCUGAGCUCGAGAUGGCCAAAGCUGCAGAACAAGCCUAUUACCGCUUUGUGGUCCUGUUUUUUAACUGUAUGCUGACUUUCGGCUCUUAUUUCUGCUUUGACAUCCCCAGUGUCCUUCAGGAGCAGUUUCAGGGGAAUUUGACAUGUCCUAACGGGACGGUGAGUAACAGCACUGCUAAUGGCACAGGAGCGUGUGUGGAAGGAUUGGGAAUGACGCCACAGGAGUACAACCUGCUUUAUGCCAUCUACGCCUGGACGAAUGCUGUGGUGGUCAUCAUGGCAGGAUUCCUCAUUGAUAAGUUGGGAAACCGCUUUGGUGUUUUCCUGUUCUCCUUCCUGACUGUGCUGGGAUCAGCUAUCUUUGCAUUGGGGUCUCAUUUUAAGGGCACAACAUACUUGUUACCCCUCAUGCUGACCGGACGACUUCUGUUUGGUUCUGGAAAUGGAUCCCUGACCAUUGUCCAGAACCGUAUCACAGCGUUCUGGUUCCGCGGGAAGGAGCUGGCUCUGGCGUUUGGGCUGACCCUGGCCUUCUCCCGCUUGGGCUCGGUUCUGAACUUCUUCCUGACGCAGAGGUUUGAGUCUCAGUAUGGUAUGCAGUGGACGCUGUGGGGAGGCACGUUCCUGUGUGUUCUUGGCUUCCUGUCGGCUAUAACAGUCAGCGUUCUGGAUAAGAUGGGCAUGAAGCAGCUGGGAUUGGAUGGAGUGAUUCAGGAGGAGUCACGCAAAGUGAGAGUUCAGGAUGUGAAGCAUCUGUCUCUUAGAUACUGGCUGCUGGUUCUUACCAUCAUGUUCUUUUAUAAUGGCAUCUUCCCCUUCAUCGCUGAUGCCAGUAAGUUUAUCCAGGAUAAAUACAGUGGAUACAGUCAGAAGGAGGCGGCGUACAUCGCAGGAGCUGUGUAUGACAGUUCACUGGUGCUUUCUGCUGUCGUCGGCAUCCUCAUCGACAAUGUGGGGCUGCGCGGUGUGUUUGCGGUGCUCUGUGCCGUGUUGACGCUGCCUGUGUUUGGUCUGCUGGCCUUCACCUUCGUCCCUCCUCUCAUAUCUACCAUCUGGCUUGGCAUCACUUACUCAUUCGCUGCUGCGAGCAUGUGGCCGUCCAUCCCGCUGGUGGUUCCUCAAGCCACACUGGGCACAGCGAUGGGACUGGCCACAUCCGUACAGAUGAUCGGCAUCGGCAUUUCUAAUCUAGUGGUGGGACAGAUUCUGGGAACCAAAUCCAGUGAUGUUAAGAUCCCGUUGUGGAGAUGGCAAUACAUGAUGACCUUCAUGUUGGCCAAUACCAUCAGUUGCAUAGUCACCUCUAUCAUCCUCAACAUCGUGGACUACAGACAGGGAAGCACUCUGAAUAAGACGACCAAGAGGUCAGCGGCUCAGAGCGCUCCUGCUCAGACCGACAGAGAACCGCUGAUGAAUGAAGAGGACAAUGAGGAGAUCAACAACGCUCCAUCUAUCAACAGGACAUAGUGGAAUAGCUCACAGUCUGUGUCUCGUGUCAUUGGAUGUUACUAAAGGGAAACGCGUGCUUUCAGAAACGUGUCAUAUGGUGUUCAGUAUUAACGCUAACAGAAAGGUACCCUCAUUUGAAGAGUUUCACUUCUCAGGCCACUCCUUAAACUCUAUUUUUGACUACCAAGUUUAAUGUACUUCUUUCAAGAAUGUGAAAGAUCAGUAAAAAUUUCUUAUAAAUUAUGGAAGAUGGUGUGGAAAUAUUGACACUCUUCUGUUUUAUAACAUCAAACAAACAUCAGCUUUGUCAGUCUGUUUUCUUAUAAGCCAUUGUUUCACAAAUGAACUGUUAUUGUCCUACUAAUUUUGAGUUUGUCUGUAAAUGUAUUAUAUGUCAUGUCAUUGUCAGAUUCACGAAUCAUGAAAUGUUAACAUUGCCUUUAAACUUGCAUGGCUGCUUACAAAAGGAUUGAAUAAUAUGCAUUUUGCAAUUUUUAAGUUUUUUUUUUUAAUAAUAAAAAAAAAGUUUUGUGCCACUGAGAG